AUGAUAUCACUUCUUUACGCCAUCGGGGGCCUGUUGUUGGCAUACAUUGGCCUCAGUACACUGCAGCUUCUCUACAACUACAGGAAAGCCAAAGCUAUCGGUCUUCCUGUUCUCAUCACGCCAAUUGAUCCAUCCAAUGUCCCAUAUUUGCUUUGCAGCAGUUUCUUGGAGCCUCUGUUAAGAAAGAUCCUGCCAUUUGAACUUGGAAAUUUUGUUGAAUACAACAGCCGAGACUGGAACUAUGAGCAAAUCCACGAUCUUCAAGAGCGAAUUGGCGACACCUUCAUCAUUGUCAGUCCCAAGCAGAUCCGCGUCUUCACAGGUAAUGCGAAGGCCAGUGACAAUCUUUGUCGCCGCCGCAGAGAUUUUGUGAAAGCCGUGGCUCUCUACAAGCCACUCGAGAUCUUUGGCCGCAAUGUCGUGACAACUGAAGGAGACGACUGGGUCCGACAUCGACGGAUCACAACACCGCCCUUCAAUGAGAGGAACAGCGCGCUUGUAUGGGAUGAGUCAAAGAGGCAGGCUACCGAAAUGCUCAAGAUGUGGGCAUCAAACCCGAAAGGCGUCGUGAACCCUCAAAGCGACACCAUGGUUCUCGCCCUUCAUGUUCUCACUGCCGCUGGGUUCGGCAGAAGCUACACAUUCGGCUGCGGUUUGGAGAGUGCAUUAGAGAAUCACAGUCUCACAUAUCGCGAUUCUCUCAGUCUUAUUCUGGGCAAUCUCUUCACUGCUGUCUUUACAGCUACACUCAAUCUUCCCACAUGUAUGCUGCCCUCCAAGUUCAAGCAAGUUCAAGACGCUGUCGUCAACUUUCGACAGUACAUGGCUGAGAUGGUCGCCGAAGAGCGCGAGGCCAUGGAUGCUGGGGCAGAAGAACAGGAUAACCUCAUGAGUAUUCUUGUACGAGCAUCUGAGAACCAGAACAAAGAGGGUAAGGGAACUUGUCAUUUGACAGACUCUGAGAUUUAUGGCAAUUUGUUUAGCUAUAACCUCGCUGGUCACGAAACAACGUCCAACACUCUUGCUUACGCGACAAUCCUCCUCGCAGCGAAUCCCGAAUGGCAGAAAUGGGCAGCGGAAGAGGUUGACCAAGUCACAGCUGGAGUCCGCUUGAAAGACCUUGACUACGAAACAUAUUAUCCUCAAUUGAAGCGCGUUCUCGCAAUCAUGCACGAAACACUCCGAUUAUUCGGCGCAGCAAGGGCAGUCCCCAAAACAACACUCGAAGAACAAACCCUCAAACCUCAUGGGGCGACACCGCGCUCCAAUGGCUCCCCAGCCGCUGGAUCACCGCCGACGAGAAGCUCGCUCCCAUGCCUGCAGGCUCUUUCCAACGUCCACGCCUAUCUCAUCCACGGCACAAGAAACGUCCAACAAGUCUUUCGAUGUUCCAAAGAACUCACUUUCGAAGAGUUUGCUCUCCACGUAGCUCAGAAAGUCAAACGUCUUCCUGCAAAAGAUGCUACGUUAGUAGCUAAGGAUAUAUCAGGAUCGUCACGGCUGCCGUUAACCGAGACUCGUGAGGAAGAUCGAAUAUGGAGAAAGUUCCAUGAGAUCUAUGAGUCCCACCUCAUUGGCGCCAAUGCGGUAUCGGCUCUUACAGAGCUUUUCAUUGAUACCAUGAUUGAUGAGCUCAGUACCGUUUGUACUCAGGGAUCUAUUGAGAUUGGCAUUGAUGAGUUUAUGAAGCAUCAUAUGUUUCGAGCUUCUACCAUCGCUCUCGCUGGUCGGAAAGUAUUCGACAUUGAUCCCAAUUUUGCAGAUGUGUUUUGGCAUUAUGAUGAAGAUUUCAUGUCUUUACUCUACGGUAUCCCCAAGUUUCUCUGUCGGAAGGGGUCCAACGCUAGAGACAAGUGUUUGGAGACUGUCAAAGGCUAUCUCGAUCAAGGUUGGCAAAACCUCGAUUGGAGAGCUUGUCACAAACAAAACCCUGACUGGGAACCAAACUUUGGAUCCAAGCUUGUUCGUGAAAGAGAAGUUGCCAUGGAGAAAUAUGGCAUUGGCCUUGAUGGGAGAGCUUCUUUUCAGAUGGGUCUCAUCUGGAGUAUCAACUCAAAUGCUAUUCCGAUGACGUCUUGGAUCAUCAUUGAGAUUCUGCGUCGACCAGAGAUUUUCAAAAGGAUACAAGAAGAAAUCUCUACAGUGUUUGAAAAGAACACCAAGCAUGUUGAUAUUGUGGUACUCAAGAAGCUGCCACUACUCAACUCAGUAUACUUUGAGUGUCUUCGUCUAAGAUCAUCCGUGUUUGUAGUCCGCAAACUACGACACUCGAUCGAACUAGACGGCUACACACUCAAAGAGGGCAAUCUCGUCCUCGCACCAUCAUACCUUGCCCACAACGCCCCAGAAGUAUGGUCAUCAGCCUCACACCCCCCAGAGGAAUUCUGGCCAGAGCGCUUCAUCAAGAAGGGCAACUCUGGAAUCUCAGCAGGCAAUUAUUUCCCCUACGGAGGCGGCGCAGCGAUGUGCCCGGGGCGGAAUUACGCCAAGCAGGAGAUUCUGUCAGCGGUUGUUUUGUUCUUUGCACACUUUGAGAUCGAGCCCUUAAGUCUCCUUCGCCGAUAUCCCAAGCGCCCUAUCAGCGGGGAAAUGCAAAGCCCCAGAAAUAAAGAAGCACACGAUAAGCUUGCAGUAACGAGAAACAAGACCGCUUGGCAAGUGAAGAAUCCCAUGGACAAGGAAGCUUGA